AUGGACAGACGGAGUAUUUGGGAAGCUAAUCUAGAUUAUAUAAACGAACAUAAUAAACGAGCUGAUGAAGGCCAAUAUACUUUCUGGUUGGCUGUCAACCAGUUUGCUGAUAUGACUAACAAAGAAUUUGUAUCAACUAUGAAUAUGAAUAAGAUGACGUCAGAGAGAUCUGGGGACGAGAAUACUGAAUUUAAAGAUGUAGACAUUGCGAGUCUACCAACAGAAGUUGAUUGGAGGGCAAAAGGUUACGUUACACCCGCUUCAAAUCAGGGUCAAUGUGGAUCCUGUUGGGCUUUCUCUGCUCUAGGGUCUCUAGAGGGACAACAUUUUAAACAAACAGGUGUCCUGGUUAAACUCUCAGCCCAGAAUCUCAUGGAUUGUUCACAGAAAGAAGGUAACAAUGGUUGUAAUGGCGGUUUUAUGAUCGACUCGUACAAAUAUAUUAAAAUAAAUAAUGGAGUUGACACUGCUGCAUCUUAUCCUUAUACAGCAAGGGAUGGUACAAAAUGUUUGUUUAAACGGGAAAAUGUUGGAGCUACAUUAAAGAGCUAUGUUGAUAUACCUAAAGGCAGUGAAGCAGCUUUACAGAAGGCCGUUGCUAUGGUUGGACCCAUCAGCGUUGCCAUAGACGCCGCACACUCAUCCUACCAAUUUUAUAAGAACGGUGUCUAUUACGAACCCGCGUGUAAUCCAAACCAACUGGAUCAUGCCAAUCUUGUAACUGGUUAUGGUGUCACUAGCAAUGGUACAGAAUAUUGGAUGGUUAAAGAAAGUUAUGGUACCGAUUGGGGAUUUCAACAUGGUUAUAUAAUGAUGUCUAGAAACAGGAAUAACAACUGCGGUAUUGCUAACCUGGCCAGUUAUCCCAUAGUCUGAACUGUACUCCAGGUUGGCACUGUCCUUCAGAUGAAGAGUC